GAAUGGCUAAAGACGAAUGACCUUCAGGUGGUGUGUGGACGUAUAGUACCAUUGGCGAGCCGAAGAGCAUCUGAAUUUGGGAACCAAAACAGCACUCGUCCAAAUGGAGGUGGUGGCUUCGGGUCUUUCGCCCAAGUUCCGCAACAAUUUAUGCAGGUGGCGCAGCAAGCAGCGGGCCAGGGGCUGGCGGCGGGGCAACAGGCGGCCGGCAUCUUCUCGUCCAUCAUGAACGCCUUUCUGGCCGCCGCCAUGAACGCGGCCAACAACUUCUCCAACUUCUUCCCCAACUCGAACGGCGGCGGCUCGAACCCCCAGCAAGGUCGCAGCGCCUUCGCAGAGCCCCCGGCGCCCUACCCUUUUCCCUUCCCCUUCCCCCUCCCCCUGCAGCCAGGUCCGCAGGCCCUUGGCCCGGCCCCCGGCCCGUGGCAGCCCAAGCAGGAGUGAACGGCGGGGCGCGGGAUUCAAGGCCAAGAGGCGACAGUUCCUUUAGCGGUACGGCUCUGUUGCUGCUGCAAGUCAGACUUCGUUAACAUCAGUUGCGGACACAGGAAUUGCACAAGAGGAGCGUUCGGGGAAGGAUGAUACUGCUAUUAUUUUCUGGAAAAGCUUCGCUUUUGGUAACUAUCAAUUGGUUUUGUGAUUUGAUUUAUUUUCGUCAAAAAAUAAAACAAAAUAAAACCAAACAAACAGUAAAAACUAUGUGACUGUAAAGGAGAAAAAGAUGCGCACGUUUUCUUGAGCUCCAGAAUCCCUUACACCUAGAUGCAAAAAUUUGUGACAUAAAUAUUC